GUCAAAGUGCAAAUGGUAAAUGAUAAUUCUGUUUGAAUUUACAAAGUUCAAUUUGCAUUACUUGCUGUUUGUAACUUCUGAUAAAUGAAGUGAAGAAGCCGAAAAAUGAAGUUCUGAUAAAUGAAGUUCAAUUUGCAUUAGCCCAGAUGAAGAGGUAAGGCCAAUAAUAGUCUAGUAGAUAUUGCUAAUUUUACAUCUGUUUUUUCAUUUAUUUCUUUUACUCAAAAAAGUGUUUGGAAUUUCAUUCUGAUUAAUUUUAAAAUAAAUGUAAAUUUGUCCUACAUAUACUAAAUAAGAAAUAUUAAACCUAAGCCCUCAGGUGGAUUUAAGCUUUUUUUUUUUUUAAAUUUUAAAGUUGAUUAAAUCCAUUCAUAGAUAAAUAAUGGAUGACAGAAAAUUAUUCUAUAGUGCAUUAAGAGCUAUGGAAUAAAUAAUCUCCCAUAUUCCAACCAUCUUGACUUUUUUUUAUUUUAUUUUAUUAAAAAGGAUUAGUAGCUCUAUUCCUUAAUAACUUUGAAAUCUGUGACUGUAAAUGAAUAUAAUAGUAACUAAGCCUUUUAAUGGGUAGGUAUUUUGGAGAUGAAUAACAGUGAUAGCGAAUGGAAUGAUGAUUACCAUGAUGAAGAUACUGAAGAUGAAGGCAGCACAUUGGAAAAUCAACAACAUAACAUGCUCUUAGCUACGGCGGCAACAGUUGCAGUGACAUAUGCGACAAAUUAUUUGGUAAAAGAACCAUGUAGGACAUCUAGUUUAACAGGGGGGAAGUGGAUGGUAGAAUUACAAGAUGGGAAUCGGACAAGAAUAUUUGAAAAUUUUCGAAUGGAAAGAGAGGUAUUUUAUCAAUUGUGUGAUUUGUUACAUACAAAGUAUGGCCUUGAAACUGGACGAAAAGUCUCGGUUCAGAAGCAGGUUGCAAUAUUUUUGUAUAUUGUUGGCGGUGACAUACGAAACAGAAAUGCCCAAGAAAGAUUUCAACAUUCUGGCGAGACUAUUUCAAAGUACUUCAAGAAUGUGUUAAAAGCUGUUACAAGGAUGUCUAUUGAUUGGGUAAAGCCUCAACCAAGAAAUGGUGUGCAUCCAUAUAUUCGAAGGAAGCGCAAACAUUAUCCUCAUUUCAAGGAUUGUAUUGGAGCAAUUGACGGAACACACAUCAAAGCAUAUAUAUCUCCAGAUAACCAACCUCGUUUAAUAGGUAGAAAGGGGUAUGCAACUCAAAACAUAAUGGCCGCAUGUGACUUUGAUAUGUGUUUCACCUUUUGCUUAUCAGGAUGGGAAGGAAGUGCACACGAUACUCGGAUCUUCUUGGAUACAAUUAGGAAUCCUAGUUAUAAUUUUCCAAAACCACAAGGAGAUGAGUUUUACUUGGUAGAUGCUGGGUAUCCAAACAUGAAAGGAUAUCUUGCACCUUACAAAGGAGAGAGAUAUCAUCUAGCUCAAUUUGAACAUGGUCAACCCCCUCAAAAUGCACAAGAAAAAUUCAACCAAGCACAUUCAUCACUUAGAAGUGUAAUAGAAAGAACGUUUGGCGUUUGGAAAGUAAGAUGGCCGAUGAUAAAGGAUAUCCCACCAAACUACAGUUGGGCGACCCAAGUCAAACUUGUUUGUGCAACAAUGGCAAUUCAUAAUUUCAUCCGACGCAGUGAGUUCCGCGAUAUUGCAUUUGACUCUUAUGAUAGAUUCGCGAAUUAUGUGCCUAAUGAAGAAGAAGGAUCUUCAUCUCAACAAGCACGCCAUGGAAAUGAUGUUGACUGUGAUGACACUGAGAUGGAACUGAGGAGACAUAAUAUUUGUAUGUCAAUUUGCCGACGAAAUUAGGAGAUCUUUAAAUA